AUGGAGGUUGAAGAAUGUCCACCCCUCAUCCGCAAAUAUUUUAAGGGUAAAAUGAAUGUUAGAUUGAAAGAGCUUGAAGCCAUUUUCGUUGAAUGCUCUGAUAUGGAGGAUUCAUGGAAGAUGGGGCUCAUAUUCCUCAUUUACCAGUAUCUGUUCGCAUCUGAUAAUAGGAGGAAUGUAAGUUUCAGAAUCUUUCGAAUGGUGGAGGACAUGGAGAUGUUCCUCCAAUUUCCAUGGGGAAAUGUGUCAUUCAGAGAAACCCUGCAGGGUAUUGACAAAGAUAUGAAACACCUCCGUGUGUUAUAUCUCGCCAAGAAGAAAACUUGGGACAAGAAAAGCGUUUGUGAUGUCGCUUAUACUUUACAUGGGUUCACACUAGCCUUCCAAGUGUGGACCUUUGAGCUUAUCAAUACAUUCGUCCCCAAAUUUGCUAAAAGGACACACAAAAUUGAUGAGUCUGAGGAGGAGAAGCGGAAGUACUCUAGCUUUGAAGAUAUGAGAGGCAACGUUUAUAAUGAAUUCUUUGAAUUGGAUGGGAGAAGGAGAAAGAUUGAAGGUUGUGAAGAAGAUGAAAAAGAUGAAAGGACUCCCAAACUGUCAGCCAAGAAGAAGAGACUUAUUAGUCCCCAGCUCCCUGAAGUUAACGAUGAAACUAGCCAAGACAACUCUCAGCAAGUCCCUUCUGCGACGACUCCUCAAACUGAUAAAGACAAUUUUACAUCUUGUGCACCCAAUCGAGUGUCUCAAGCCCAUACUGAUGCUAAACUUGAUGAACUGACAAAGAAUAGGACGAAGAGAAAGAAUAAUGAGGUUGCACUUGAUACUGAGAAGGAGACGAAGAGGAAGAAUGAUGAGGUGAUGAACAAGAGGAAGAAUGAUGAGGAGAGGAAACAGGAUGAGGAGAUGAAAAAGAGGAAGCAUGAUGAGGUUUAUGAGAUUAAGAGAAAGAAGGAUGAGAGGAAGGAGAGGCUGAUGAAGUUGUCCAAGAAGAGGAAGGAUGACGAGUUGGCCAAGAAGAAGGAGUUGGCCAUGAAGAAGAGGAAGGAUGAAAUGGCCAAGAGGAAGGAAGAGGAGGAAGAGGAGGAGGAGGAGGAAGAAGAGGAGGAAGAGAAGAAAAAGGAGGAAGAUGAUGAGGAUGAGGAGCCCACACCCCAAGAGGAGGAGAAGACUAAGGAUAAGACUGAGGAGAAUAAGAAGGAGGAGAUUAUUGAGAAAAUUGAGGAGAAGACUACAGAGAUUAUUGAGAAGGAGGAUGAGAAGACUGAGAAGAAGACUGAAGAGAAUAAGGAGGAGGAGAAGAUUGCAGAGGUGGAGGAGGAGAAUAUUGCAGGGGUGGAGGAGAAGACUGCAGAGGUGGAGGAGGAGAAGACUACAGAGAAGAAGGAGGAGAUUGUGGAGAAUAAGGAGGAUAAUGUGAAAGAAAUGUCUCCUUCACAAUUUAGAGGAAAAUCAUUUCGGAGAAAGAAGUCGAAAAAAUUGGAGGACUACACCGACCCUAGUGGGAAAGGGUUUAAACUUAAUGAUCCGGUUACGGUUAAUCCUAUGUUACAAUAUGACGAGGAAAAGAUGAAGGAAUUGAAGAAAUGGUUGAAGAGUAAGGAUAAAGACUUCAAGAAUUUGAGUACUUGCGAAACAGAUUGUUCUUUAUUUAACAGAUUUCUCACGCCUCAAAAAUGGUUACACGAUAUGGAGAUAGAUGCAAUUUGUUACCUGAUGAAACGAAGGGUUGCGGAGUUCCCUAAGACAUAUCCAAAGAAUUUCUCAAUUACUGACUCUCAUCUCUCUCAAAAUUUCGCGAAGCGCCAUCAUAUGUUUGUCCCGAAUCCUGCAGGCUUCAAGUUCGACGAUUUCAUGGAAUAUGUAAUUGGUGAUGAAGAAAGACAUUUGUAUCAUUGGAAUCUUGUUGAUAUUAUAUAUGUACCUAUGAACCUGAAGUAG